AUGAGCGCCACUGGUUUGCCCCAAAGGCCUCCAGGUCAAGACAAUGUGGUUGCGCCCAACGGCAACGAAUCUGAGCCCUUGCUGGGCAGACCCGGCGACGCUACCCAGCCUCGUCGUGGUUCUAUCUUUUGGAAUCUCAUUAUGGGCACCGCUGCCAUCACCCAGUUCGGCGCGAUUCUGCUGUUCAUUAUGAUCUGGGUGGCUACUCUCACUAAACCCGUGUCCCUGUUCUCAGGUCACCCGCUCCUCCAAGCCACAGGCGUGCUGGUCUUGAUUCAGUCGAUCCUAUCCGUCCAGCCGACACACACGGCCGACCAGAAGCGCAUCGGUCAACGCGUUCACGCUUCACUCAACCUGCUCGCCUUGCUUUGCCUGAUUGGAGGCGUCACCAUCAUCGAGUACAACAAGGUUGUCAACCACAAUGAUCAUUUCCACUCCGUGCAUGGCUAUCUCGGCGUCAUCACCUCGAUCAUCCUCGCCCUGCAGUACUUGGUUGGCUUCACAAUGUGGGCAGUGCCCUCACUGUAUGGAGGCGUGGACAAUGCGAAAUCUCUCUAUAAAUACCAUCGCUGGAGUGGAUACCUUAUCCUCGUCUUGCUCCUCGUGACGGUGAUCGCGGCGACUCAAACAGAGUUCAACGAGAACGUGCUGGGGAUCAAGUUGUGGGCGACAAUACUCUUGUCAGUCCUGAUUCUGACGGGUACUCUGCCUCGAAUCCAAAAGCAGAAGCUUGGAAUGUGA